AUGAAAACCGAACACACUCAGAGCAAAUAUAAAAUCAUGCUUGACAAGUUUAUUUGAACGUUUUCGGGCAAAACACAAGUGAACAUUACCCACACAUAUGCAAUGCUUGACGUGAUUAUUUGAUCGUCUCUAAGGGCUUUAAGAAAACAAUUUCUGACUGCUGUCAUCUUCAAAGACUUGUCUUCGGGUUCAGGUACAGCCCUAUCUUCGUCAAAGCUUGGAAUGUAACAGAAGCAUUGAGCACUGACAUUUCGGACCCAUGAGGAAUAAGACGCUUGGUAGUAUAGAUUUAUUUAUUUUUGUUUGUUUCGAAAGGUUAAAAGCCAGUUUUUUGACAAUAUCACUGAUAAAGCGUUUUUCGGAGUCGACAGAUUAUCGUUGCGAACAUGGAUGCAAACUCACUUUGUCACAGCGGUCGUCUAGGUAUAAAUACAAUAUAUUCGUAAUGCAAUAUUUGCAUUUAGCAACUCAAGAAAGAAUUUAGUUUUUCGGUGCAUCGCGUUGAGUUCACACUUACAGUUCUCUUCAGAAGGAAAGCAGACUCAUUAUGCUGAAAACAAAGACUUUUAUUUUGAUAUUGUGCCUUACGAGUGUCUUAUCAAACCCUCUAAAAUAUGAUACUGACCUCUUUACGAAAAUUGGUGAAAAGUACUACAUAAUAUUUAGUGCAGUAAAGAUGAAUUGGUACGCGGCCGCAAACUACUGUCGAACAUUUAAUGGUGACUUGGUCACAAUCGAUUCUGAAACCGAACUGAAGGGCUUACAUGUCUAUUUACAUGCAAAUAAUCUCAAUAACACAGAUUACUGGAUUAGUGGCAACGAUUUGGCAGAAGAAGGCACAUACGUGUCGCUCAGCACUGGACGACCAUUGCUUUACACGAAAUACGCUGCCGGAGAACCAGACAAUAGCAAAGAACAAAAUUGUCUGUUGCUUGAUGUUUUUAAAGAAUCUUAUAUGUAUGAUUAUCCAUGCAAUAACCCUUUGUAUGUCAUUUGUGAAAAGCGAAGAGGGUGCGAAACGUAUGCCACAGGAUCAUGUGAGAAUAUAUCUACGGAUUGUGCAUUGAAGACACUUGGUCGAGCAUACUUGUUAACGGAAAACACCUUUGAUCGCAGGGCGUAAAUAAAUUACUACAAUUUCUAUGACGGUGAGACCAGUAACUGUUUUUUUUAUUGUAAGCAGAUAUAGCGACAAUGUUAUCUAAUAAGAACAUACUUAUUUUUCCGAAAUUAUCAUUGAACAAUACGAAAUAUAGAAAUUUAAAACAAAACUUUCAAGUUAAAUAAAAAUGAACAAUAUAACUCAUAUAA